AUGCGGAGCGCAUUCCGGGCUCACGCCGUCCACAGGGCAUUGCCGCUUCAGUUGCGGUCAUCAUCUCCGACGGUAACAUCAGCGACAUGCUUGGUGUUACGUCGCGAACAAGCCACAAAACUGUCACGAAUCCGACACGGCGGAUCUCAUCAAUCGCGUGACCUUCACUCUGAAGCCGUCAAUGCCAGCACGGCAGCCCCUGCGAGCCACAUUGCCCAUCAACAUGAGCCGACCGUCGCAGCCAUCACCACGCCGCCCCGGCACAGAGUUACUCUUGCCGAGAUUCGGGAACGCCGGGCCAAGGCCGGGAGGUUGAUUGCUGGAACAGCGGCGGCCAGUGAUGCGGACAUGUUCAAGGGCCCCGCUACAGGCAAACCCCUAGCCAAGCGCAUGGACCACCACCUCACCAAAGAAUCCACCCUCCGCGCCCCCUGCAAACUUAAGCAAGCCGCCAAGCACCUCAAACAGCCUGGCCUCAUCUCCCUCGGCGGUGGUCUCCCCUGCCCCGAGUACUUUCCCAUCUCCUCGCUAUCCCUCCGCGUCCCAACCCCUCCUCAUUUUUCCGAAUCUGACACCCUCGGCCCCCGCGGCAUGGACAUCACCAUCGAGAAGUACGAGGCCUCGCGACCGACGCCUCUCCCCGAGCGGCCAACGGCUUGGGGCCCCAAGCCCGCUGAGUAUGACCUUUCUAUCGCGCUGAAUUAUUCGCAGGCGACUGGGUCUGCGCAGAUGACCCGCUUUGUGACAGAGCAUGUUGAGUUGAUUGGGGCGCCGCCGUAUGCGGAUUGGGGGGUGUGUCUGACGGUAGGCAGCACAGGUGCCUUGGAGCAGGCGCUGCGAAUGUUCUGUGCCGAGGGAGAUGGGCUGUUGACGGAUGAGUACAGCUUCUCAACGGCACUAGAGACGGCUGUGCCGUUGGGGGUGAAUAUUGUGGGUGUGCCGAUGGAUGCCGAGGGGUUGUUACCCGAGGAGAUGGAUCGGAUUCUGAGCGAGUGGGAUGUAAGAAGGCAGGGGAGAAAACCGCAUGUGUUAUAUACCGUGCCAACGGGGCAGAACCCGACGGGGGCGACGCAAGGGGAGAAGAGGAGAAGGGAGAUUUAUGAGGUGUGUAGGCGGCAUGAUGUCUUUAUUAUUGAGGAUGAGCCGUACUACUACCUUCAGAUGGCUAAGCCGGGUGAAGAGAGCGUGCGCGAGGCGGAUGUGGAAGAGUUCCUUGAUGGACUGAUCCCGACGUACAUCAGCAUGGAUGUGGACGGGCGAGUGCUGCGAAUGGACUCUUUCUCCAAGGUCGUCGUGCCCGGGUCGCGCAUGGGCUGGGUGACGGCAUCGAACCAGAUCAUUGAGCGCUUCAUUCGCCAUGCUGAAGUCGCCAACCAGGGUCCCAGCGGCUUCUCACAAGUCAUCCUACACAAGCUACUCGAUGAGACAUGGGGCCACGAGGGCUACUUUAAGUGGCUGAUGAACCUGCGUGGGGAGUACACCAAGAGGAGGGACGUCAUGGUGGCUGCUUGCGAAGCAUUCUUGCCCAAGGAGAUCGUCAGCUGGGAUCUGCCGAUGGCGGGCAUGUUCCACUGGUUGAAGGUAAACCAUGAGAAGCACCCGCUUGCAAAGAAGAAGAGCGUGUUGGAACUGGAGGAGGAGAUCUUCAAGAGCUGUAUUGCGAAGGGUGUACUUGUCGCCUGUGGGUCUUGGUUCCGGGCAGAGCAUCACACAGCUCCGUCACAGCUCUUCUUCCGGACAACGUUUGCCGCCGCGACACCGGAGAACAUGAGGGAAGCAAUCCGGCGGUUUGGCGAGGCGAUCAAAGAGAGUUUCAAAUUGUAA